AUGUUUGGAAAAUUUAUCUCCGAAACAUACAAUAAAGUAAAAAGUAAAGCUGAUGAGGUAAGGCUACAUGUUAGCGUUCAGGCAAUAAAAGCAAAAGAAGUUUUUGGUUUAAUAAAACCUACAACUACUGAAGAAUUAGAAGUGUUAUUAAAUUACGAGUUACAACAAAUUGAUACAGCAGAAGCAUUAAUAAGUACAUAUAAGAAAUGGAUAUAUAACAUAUGUCAAUCUGAAAAAAGUGAUUGUAUAAGAUAUUUUAAAUCUCAAAAUAAGAAUAAUGAAAAAGGAUUAUCAAUCGAUGUAAAAGAUACCUUUAUUAACAAUAUAAUGGAAUUGAAAAAUGAAAAUGAUGAAAAUAAUACAAUAAAAUUAAAAAAAGAGGCAAACACCAAUAUAAAUGAAAAUUCCACUAUAACACCCAUUUCUUCAAACGAUAAUAAUGAUAAUCUACAACUUCAAAAAAAAUCAAAUGAAAAUGAAGAUGAUUUUUCAAUGAUAGAUAAAAAAGAACAUUUGCUAAUCGAAAAAAAUCCUUUAGAAAAAAAAAAUAAUAAUUUUAAAAUUAAUAAUAAUUCACUACAUGAAAAAAAUAAAGAUAAUUUAAUGAAUAAUAUUUACGAUGAUCAUUAUGGAUAUAACUUCAAGGAAAUUUUUUUAAAAAGUAAUAUUUUAGAAAAAUCCAUUAGUUUAAUAUUGGAAAAAAGAAAUAUUAGAUUAUCUUUAGUAGGCCCAAUAGAAAAAGAAGAUUUAGAAAAUCCUAGAACUACUAUUUUGACAAUGUUUAAGCAUUGCUUAAUUGGAAACGAAAAAUUGCAUAAAGACAUUUUAUUUGUUAUAUUAACUACUGAUAAAUUAUUCGAUAAUCAUAAAGAAUUAUUUUUAGAAUUAUUAAGUAUUAUUAAAUACGAUUACUUAGACAUUUAUUUAACCAACUUAAGAAAAAUAAUUUCAUCUGAAGUCGUUUGCUUAAAAAGUAGAAUACAAGCAUAUAAUUCUCAAAAUAUUAAUUUGAAUAAAUUAAUUUUUUUUAAUAACUAUACUCCUAACACUAGUGGUUCUUUUAUAGAUUUAGAAAAUGAUUUAAAUGAUUUAAAUUCUUUUCAUCUUGAAAAAGUGGAUGAAGAAGAAAAAAGGCAAAAUGAUGAAAGAAAUAUAUUUAAUCAGGAGAAAGAAUAUGAAAUGAAUAGAGAAAAAGAAUUUAUAUUAAGUAAAGGAAAUCAAUUUGAAAUGAAUGAAGAAAAAUCAAUUAAAAUGAAUGAAGAAAAAAUAUAUGAAGUUUUUGAUGCAGAUGCGAAUAACAAAGAUUAUGUUGAAAAUUCAAAAAAAGAGAAUAAGUUAGAAUCUUUAUCAAAUGAAAAAGAAAUUAUAGAGAGUAAUAAAAUGCAACAAAUAAAAAUCUUAGCUUCAUUAAAAUUAAUAGAGUUACAUAAAACAGUACAAAAGAUCUUAUUAUUAGCAACCAGAAAUAGAGAAGAAAGAAAAGUUGAAAUUAAAGUUAAAUUGGAAGAAUUAAAAAAAAUAAUGGAUGUUUGUAAAAAAGAUUGUGAAAUAACCCUUAAUGAUGCUGAAGGAUCAAAAUCGCAUUUAGAAAAUGUUUACGUUAAAGAAUUAAAUUUACUAACAAAUAACAUAAAUAAAAAACAAGAAGAGAUAAAUCAAAUGAAAUCCUCUAUUGAUAAAUUAAUAAAAAGAAAAAAUGAAUUGUACAAUGAAUAUGAAUUAAUAUGCAAAGAAAUAAAUAUAAAAAAUAAAGAAUUAUCAAAAGUAAUAUCAACAUUAUCAUCAUAUAAAAAAGAUUUAAAUGAAACAGAAGAUAAUUAUUUAAAUAAAUUAUCAAAUACAAGUAAAGCAAAACAUAUGCACCAGGAAAGGAAAUUAUAUAUUUCAAACUUACAUAAUAUAUCUGAUGAAAUUUUAAGAGUAUAUGAAAAAAGCGAUUAUAUAAAUACAGAAGAAUUAAUUAUAAAGUGUAAUAAAAUUAAAAAACCUUUAAAGCAAGUGAUUAUUCAACACUCAAAUUAUUUAAAAGACAAACUAUUUUUAUUAAACUCUUUAUUAAAAUUUUACAUAGAGAAAAUUAAUUUACUUUUAGAAAAAAAGAGCUUGGUUAAUAAUCUAUCAAAAAUAGAUACAAAUAUAGAAGAAAAAGAAAUAAUAAAUGAUGAUAAUAUUAAGAAUAGUGAUUUAAAUAAUCUUAAUGACGAAAAAUUAUCUAAUGAUAUAUAUGAUAAUCAAAAAAAAUUAAAUUUUUUGAAAUAUAAAAAACGUUAUUUAAAGGUUAUUGAGCAAAUAAGCAAAGUAUGGAUAAUUAUACAAGAAUUCUAUAAUCAAAAUAAAGAACAAAUAGAAGAAGAUGCUGAUGAUAUAAAAUGUUGUGGAAAGUAUAUAUAUAAUGAAAUUAAUGAAAUCUAUAAUUCUAGUAAAAAAUUUAUAAUGGAAAAUAGUCACAUUACUUCAUCUGUUUCUUGA